AUGACAUCUAGACUUUCCGUGUUAGGCGAAUGGAAGUCUGAUAGUGCAGUACGUGAAUGCGAAAUAUGUGGGGCUAAAUUUAAUUUCAGUUGCAGGCGUCACCACUGUCGGUACUGUGGCGGCAUUUUUUGUGCUUCGUGCUCGAGUGCCUUUGUUAUAUUACAUAAUCUGCACAAGACGAAGGGGCGGCGGGUUUGCCGCACAUGUUUGGCAUUGCUUUCAAAGGCUCCACCGCACGCAAACCAUCGAUGCGACGAUACUCCAACUCAGAAGCUUCAGUCAGCGGAUGUAAAUGCUUGUGCCUGUGAAUCUGAUCCUUUGACUGCCCAAUCUUCCGAGGCAACGUCGGUUACUUUUGCGACGUCACGGUACAGAGAAAUUCCACGCGUCACAGACAGGGUUGCUCUGGAAGAGGCCAUUGAUGACGUGGGGUCGGACAACGAGGAUGUUUCGACUGCUGUUGCAGGUGUAUAUUCUUCUGUGGAUGAUGGCCAACGCACCAGUGGUUUAGCGUUUCUCGCUGCACUACAAGAGAAUCUUAGAUACUCCGAGGACGCUGACGUUUUGCAUGUCCUUUUAUAUGUAUCAUCUACAAGAUAUCAAGUAAUUUUAGUUACAGUAAGUGAAGGGGAAACCAUGUUGAUGCUUGCUAGUCGGUUGCUGGAGACAUAUUUUAGGUUGGACAAUGGCCCUUUCAAGUCUCUUAGCACCCCAGAGCGAGAUAUUUUGUUGCAUAAAUUGAGGUUUUCAAGUGAAUCCGUUCUAAUAGACAGCGACGCUAACGCGACGGAUGUGGCGGUUUACUGUAAACAUUUGGUCCUUUCGACUCUUUCUAUUUCAGAUCUUCGGCAGUGGCACGAUGAGAACCUUAUUCAGGAGUUUUUCCGUAGCGAACUCUGCGAUGAACAUAAAGAAGAUAUGAUCUGUUAG